GUCACUUCCUGCUGGGGUGGAUGAGGAGGAGCCGGAGACGCCGCGGAGGAGAGCGGACCCGAGACGGACCGUGCUGGGGAGAGCAGGCGGGUGAAAAUGAAAGCAGGCUGUAGCAUCGUGGAAAAGCCAGAAGGAGGUGGAGGAUAUCAGUUUCCUGACUGGGCCUACAAAACCGAGUCGUCCCCAGGCUCCCGGCAGAUCCAGCUGUGGCACUUCAUCCUGGAGCUGCUCCAGAAGGAAGAGUUCCGCCAUGUCAUCGCCUGGCAGCAGGGAGAGUACGGGGAGUUUGUCAUCAAGGACCCAGACGAGGUGGCCCGCCUCUGGGGCCGCAGGAAGUGCAAACCACAGAUGAACUAUGACAAGCUGAGCCGGGCCCUCAGAUACUAUUACAACAAGAGGAUCCUUCAUAAAACAAAAGGGAAAAGGUUUACUUAUAAAUUUAACUUCAACAAGCUGGUGAUGCCCAACUACCCAUUCAUCAACAUUCGAUCCAGUGGUGUGGUCCCCCAGAGUGCUCCACCAGUGCCAACAGCCUCCUCCCGCUUCCAUUUCCCGCCCCUGGACUCCCAUUCACCAACUGGUGAUGUGCAGCAUGGCCGCUUCUCUACUAGCUCCCUAACGCCUUCUGCCCAAGAGUCUUUGAGUGACGGCCCUGACAGGAAGGUGGAGCUUUCGGAGCUGGAGGACGGUUCAGCCACUGACUGGCGUCGCACCGUGGAUCUCAUGUCUUCCCGGAAUGCUGUUGGCGGCGGAGGGAUUGGCCAUCAGAAGCGCAAGCCUGACAUCAUGCUUCCUCUGUUCUCUAGGCCGGGGAUGUACCCUGACCCCCACAGCCCCUUCGCUGUCUCUCCGAUCGCUGGCCGUGGAGGUGUCCUUAAUGUCCCCAUUUCACCAGCCCUCUCUCUAACGCCCACCAUCUUCUCCUAUAGCCCAUCACCAGGCCUGAGCCCCUUCACCAGCAGCAGCUGCUUCUCCUUCAACCCUGAGGAAAUGAAACACUACCUUCAUUCACAAGCCUGUUCUGUGUUCAACUACCACCUGAGUCCCCGGACUUUCCCCCGUUACCCAGGGCUCAUGGUUCCGCCCCUGCAGUGCCAAAUGCACCCUGAGGAGUCCACCCAGUUUUCCAUCAAGCUGCAGCCUCCACCAGUUGGGCGGAAGAACCGGGAGAGGGUCGAAAGCAGUGAGGAGCCUGCACCUGUCAGUGCUCCCACCUCAAUCCCCAUCCCCCCAAGAAUUAAGAUGGAACCUGCUUCCGAGAAGGAUCCAGAAAGUCUCCGGCAGUCUGCCCGAGAGGAGAGUCGCACUCAGGAGGAGGGCGCUGUGCUGGGCAGGACCAUGGACGAGGAGAAGGGUGCCAUCUUUGCCCGCCCGACUGCACCGCCCGCCUGGCCCUCUGUGCCUGUUAGCACCCCAAGUGAAGAACCCCUAGGAGUGACUGAAGACAGUGAGGACAGGCCUGGCAAAGAGCCCAGCGCACCUGAGAAGAGAGAAGACGCCCUGAUGCCCCCCAAGCUCCGCCUGAAGCGGCGCUGGAACGAUGGCCCAGAAGCCCGAGAGCUGAGAAGCAUGAAACUUAAUGCCAAUUAGAGUGGGACUGAGAAGGCACAGGAGCUGUCCGUCUCUGAGCCGCUGCGUUUCAUGGACUGUCACCUAUCACAGAAGCCAUGAGGAGUUGUAAACUCUUGUUCAGGGAAGAAAGAAGAGGGCAGGAGGAAAGUAGCCCAAUGCCUUUAAAAACAAAACAAAAGACCUGCAACUUUCCCUUUUCCAAAGUCCGAGUGUGAGCAAGCUCAUUGGGAGGCACGGCAGUGUUGUUGGAAAUACCUUUCCAUUACGUCUGCUUCUCGUCAUUUUCUUAAGUCGAGCCUUAACUAUGAACAUUGUUUAUGUGAUACGGGUCUGUCGGCAUCAACCUGUAAGAAGGGCACAGACAACUUUUCAGAUAACUGAGGAAUGUCGAGGCAUGGUUAACUGUCUAGCUGGUAGAUAGUCGUUCCCUCUUGAUGUUACUGGGCUGGGUAGCAGGCUGGAUUAUGGGGUUUGCUGGGCAGGUGAUUGAUAACAAUACACAGGCGUUGGGUGCAAAGAGAGUUCUUGGAUCUGAAGGAAGAGAUGGAUAGAAGCCAUGGGAGACAGCCAGAUGUGGACUGGAAGAGUGGAUCUCUGUGUUGUGUUGCUGUUCUUGGCAUACCCAUAACUCUAGGUGGUUUGUAUUCUCAUGAUCAGUUGACUGUUCUACAUGAAAGUCCAGAGUACACAUUGAGGCCUUGUUUCUUCACAGGGAAUUUCCUUCCCACAACUUCAAAGGGACGGGAAAGUACUGAUCCCACAUGAAGCAAAAGAGGCCUGGGCUGGAGGCAAAGGAAAGGAAGAAGCAGCCUGUCUGUGUAGACUACGGCUCAGAUUAGCCUGACAGCCGCACGAGGGAAAGUGACCCUUCAGUCCGGUUCAGGGCCGGGGUCAAGGAAUUAGAGACAUUCCUGGCUCUGCCUUAGCCUCGGUGAACUCUGUAUGCAAAGAUGUAUUGGAAAGUUGUCUUUCAACGGUAGGGUACAUUGUUUUCUUUUUUAACUGUACUGCUACAUGUGAGAGGAGCAAAGGAAAGGUUAGAGCAGGUAAAUCAUUAGAUGGCCUGGGAUGGUGUAAACCCAUCAUGCCAUUACUUGGAAGUGGCCUCCCCCUUGUUGGAGUCAAAUCCCAGGAGUGUGACUUGCCUUUCCUCAGAAAAGUAACUCAGCCUUUCAGGCUGCCUUUGGUGGCUGUGGUUUUUUGCCAUUUGCGCUCUGCACCGUGACUUACCUCUGAAUCAGAAAGCAAGCCCAGGCAGGUGGAGGAGGGAUCUCUGCUUUGGCAUUGCCCGAUUUAACCAGGGAGGCUCCGCUGGCCACCCUCUGUCCCCUAGAGCGGGGAGGGCCAGCAGGUGUAUGAACUCAGGAAUAGAAAACAUGAGGCCUUUAAUAUAAGAGAGGAAGAAAACUUCACAAUGCAUACGUGUAACCCCUAGAACCCAAGUGCCAGAAUUAAUUCCUAGAUGCUGCUUCUGUUUGAACAAAAAGUCAUCCUUUUACACUUGAAGAGAAAUACAUACACUCAAAAUGUUCAGUUCCAUGGAAAGUGUGUUUUUUAAGAACUUGAUCUGGUGUUUGUUUCCUUUGAUUGCCAUUCAACUAAUAAAUCGUUGGUUGGUCUGCACUGCACGCUGGGGUGGGAGGAGGUCCUCACACGGAGCCCAGCUUGUGCUUGCUCAGAAAGUGGAUGGGGAAUAUGGUGGCCGUGCUGUGUCCUGAUGAGAGAAGUGGAAGGUAGUGUCUCAUCCCCAUCCUCCUGGCAGCGCCUGUCACCAGCCGGGCACAAAGCCAGACCUUUCUCUUGUCGUGCAUCUUAUCACUGCCCAAUCGCAGGUGGGAAGGGGCAGGGGGCCACGGUCCUAUUAACUCUUCCCCUGCCCCCCCACCCUUUCCCCUAAACUUUGCUGUGCCAAAUAUUAAAAACCUUGCAACUAAAAAUCUAUUUAAAUUUUAGCAGUUAAAAACAUGUAAACAGUGCUGUUUUUGCUCUGAGAGGGGAAAAUGGAGGCGUCCAGCCUUGCUGAGCUCACUCCCCUUUAAAAAAAGUUGAUUUAGCCAAUUCAGGUUCCAGUUUUGAAGCUGCAUUGCAUUAAACCCAGCUCCCUAAUAACUAACAAUUGCUGCACCCGAGUCCUCUGCGGGCCAGAAACCUUCAGAAGCAUUAAAAGAAGUUGAAGCUUGUCACUUCUCACCAAGUAUAGGGAGCCACUUGGCUGUGUGUCCCUUGCUUUUUAUUUAUUCCAUGAUUAUGUUUGUGCUUUACGUUUUGAAAACAGUAAUAGAACAUACAUUUUUAUUCUUAAAAGAGAAAACUUUGAUCCAGUCUUUUCCAGAACUGUUGCAUUUUUUUUUCCUUUCAGUUUACUUGCGGGCAGGGGGUGGAAGGUGAGUUACCACUUCAUUUGUUCUGAAAUACUUAGGCAUUCUUAGUUAAAACAUUGUGAUGCAGGGAUUUGUGACCCAUCCACAUGUGAAAGAUGACUUCAUUAUCCGCCUAAGCAGAAUAAAGUGUGUAUGUGUACAUAAAAUGUAAGUAAGCUUCAUUGUGCAGUGCCUUUUAGAUGUUCUACUUUCUAUAAAGUCUUCAAUUUUUGCAUAUAUAUAUUAUAUAUAUGAUGUAAUGUUAUAGAAAUAUAUGUAUAAUAUACAUAUUUUUCCAGGGGUAUCUGAUAGCUUGUAUUUUGUUAUGGAAGUUGAAAGAAAAAAAAAGUAUUUUACCUCAGAAAUUAAAGUUAAAUAAAAAAAAUUUUAAGUAA